AUGAGAAUCACCAUUGUUGAUUCCUUGCCUGACGAUGUCCUGAUGGCCGUCAUGUCAAACAACAUCGUGUACAGGCCGGAUCUUGGACUACGCAGCCUGCCCGCCAUUCUCGACUCCGUAGGGAGGUUAGGCUCGAAUGCCAUCAUACCCAGCACAGAUUCGGAGCUUGACAAGUUUGUCGGUGCUCCAUGGAGGCGGUCACGAGUCAGAUACGUUGUACGGAUUAGUAUCAUCGCCCCUGACCCGGGACAGACAGCACAGCAGCUGCCACUGACGACCACGAGUUGGCUCGACGAUGAUUUUGCGGUUUUCAAAGUUCUCGCCUCGGACCAACUAAGCGGCUUCCUGUGCGCCCUCGCGUUUCUGGAGAAGCUGUCCCUGGACCGCCUUGUGGCUCUGACCAGUCCAUCGCCGCAACUGUCAACGCUAUGCAAGCGUGAGGUGCUCAUGGUCGGUGCCGGUCUGGUCAACCUUGUGACGGCGUCACGCCUGAUGGACAAAGGCUGGAAGCUGCACAUCGUGGAUGCUGGACCGAAACCAUCAUCAGACGCCUCCUGGAUGUCUCUCGGAUGCAGCCACGGGGGCGACGACGCACGCAUGUUCACUCUCUCGGAGAUGGACAACUACAACGAUCGAACAAUUUCUGCGACGAUGAACGGCGUCUUCAACAGCGACUCGGCUGACGAGGAGGCGUGGAUCGCCGAGUACGAGGCGCUCCCGCCGUGGCUGGCUAGCCGGUACAACGAGGACAUCUUCUCGCUGACGCGGGAUAGCAAGACCAUCUGGGACGAUUGGCAGCAGUGGGAGCCAGAGCUGUUUGCGAGCUGCGAGACAAGACACGACAUCUUGCGGAUAUAUUCGGACGAGGAGCAUCUUCGUGGCGCUAUUGAGCGCCAGGAUGGGAUUGGUGCAACCAUCCGAGUGCUCUCACCCGAAGAUGUGGCCGAGUACGAGCCUGCCCUUGCCGACGCUGCUGGUGCUUUGGACGACUCAGGCAAUGUGAGAGUCGUUGCGGGAGGCAUUAUCGUUCAUGGGUUUACGGUGAACGCGCAUAAGUUUGCGGCCCAACUGAUACACCGCAUGACGGCCAAGGGAGCCGUGUUCGAGUGGAACAAGUGUGUGGUCCGAAUUCUCUUCGACCAGGCAUCAAGUACUGUCCAGGGCCUCAUCUGCGAGCACGAGGCCGCCCGAGUGGACAACUAUGUUCUAUCACCUGGCGCCUACGGCCAGAGUCUGCUCCAAGGGAUGCGCUGCGAAGGGCAGAUUCACGGGGUCCUAGGUGCCAGGAUCCGACUGCCCAACCUGGAGCCUCGACUCGAGCACUCACUCAAGCUGGCACGGAAGGCACACGUCACGGAGGACGCCAAUGUCACGGUGGCGACGGACGAUGAUGGGAAGCCGAUCCUGAUCAUUGGCUCUGGGUACGGCUACAGGUGCAGAUCCGUUUAA